AUGCUGGUCCGGCUCCCCACGCUGCUCGACCUCGGCGUCCAGCCGCUCUCGGGCCCAUCGCGCGUGCUGCUGUGCGGCGAGGCCGAUUUCAGCUACGCGGCCGCGCUCUGUGCCACGCAGCGCGGCGCCAUCGAGGUCACCGCGACCGCCUUCGAGGAGGAGAUGGAGCUGCACGAGCGGUAUCCGCGCGCCGCGGAGGCGCUGGCGCGAGUGCGCGCAGCGGGUGCGCGAUGCGACUUUGGCGUCGACGCGCGUGAGCUGAGCCGCCGCUACCCGUCGGAGGAGUGGGACCGCGUCGUCUUCAACCUCCCGCAGGCGCCGCCCGAGCCACGCAGGCGGAACCAGAUCCAGCGGCAGCGCGCGCUCCUGCGCGACUUUUGCGCGGCGGCCGCCUCCGUCCUCUCUCGCGACGGCCAGAUCUGGGUGACGCUCCUCGCCGGCCAGGGCGGCACGCGGCUCGACCCGAACCAGCGCGCCAUCGGAGACUCUCAGAUCCGAGCGGCGGCCGGGCCGCCCGCCGACCGCCUCUUUGAGGCCCGGCAGCGCCUCUUUGGCGGCGGCGCUCCUGAGGUCAUCUUCUGGCGCGACAGCGCCGGCUGGUGCCCCUUUUGCGAGAUCACCUGGCUGGUGCUGGAGGAGAUGGAGGUGCCGUAUGAGGUGAAGACGGUGCCUCUUCGGCGGUACAUGCUCGAGGGCGAGACAAAGGACGCCGAAUACACGCGUUUGGUCGGGCCAGAGGGGGUGGUGCCGGGAGUACAGUUCCGGGCCGCCUCUGGCUUUGGGCCGGCGGUGCAGUCCGUCGAGCGAAUCUGCGACGAGCUGCGCCGCAGGUACCCGGAGCGCUACCCGGCGGGCAGCGACGCCGUGCGCGCGCGCGCUUGCGAGGGCGAGGCGUCCGUGUUUGGGCGGCUGCGCGUCGCCCGCCGGUCGUACGAAGCGUGCGCCGGCGCGCAGAGCUCGGCCCUCGUCGCGCUGCAGCCCCUCGCUUCGGCGCUCGCCGACCUGGACGGCAUGCUCGCCGAGGGCGGCCCGUGGCUGGACGGGCCCCGCCCGAGCGUCGCAGACCUGAUGCUCCUCCCCUUCCUCGAGCGCACCGAAGCGGCCGUCCCGUACUUCUUCGGCGAGGACGCGCUCGAGCGCGCAGGCACUUGCGCUGCGCCGAAGGCGGACGCGACGCCGCGGUACGGAGUCCCGUCGCUGCGGGUCGACGCGGCGGCGGCGGCGGCCAUCGACGGCAUCACCGCCGAGGCGUGCGACGCGUGGGCGGCGGCGGCGACGGCGGAGGAGCGGCGCGAGGCGGCGGGCAGGCUGGCCGGGCAGCCGGGGCUUGUCGCCGCGUUUGCGCGGCGUUGCGCAUGGCUGCCCGACUGCGCUGCCGGCGGCGGUGCUGCGGCCGAAGGGGCUGGCGGCGAUGCCGUCGAGUUCGCUCUCCGCUCCGCCGCGUGGCUGCUGCUCCGCUGCCAGGGCGGCGGAACGUCUCAGGUCCGCUCGGAGGCGGAGGCGGCGGCUCGCGCGCUGCGGAGCGCGCACGGGAGCGCCGCCGCCGCGGACGCCGCCGCGGCGCUGGCUGCCCUCUCCCUCAACGUGGGCGUGCCGCGCGACAUGGGAGAGGGCGCGGCGAGGGCGUUGCGCGCGCACUUGCGCAUCGUGUCGGACGCUCUCUCGGCCGAUCCGCUGCCGCCGAGGCCGCGCUCUGCUCGCAGCUCGCGCGCUCGCAGCGGCGGCGCGGCGUGCCAGCUCAGCUCCGGCCUCACGUACUCGGACGGCGCCGGCCAGCGCCUGGUCAGCGUGCAGAAGCCGCUCGGGCUCGUGAUCGAGCCGGUCGGCGAGGAGGGGGCGCGCGACCAAGGGGUCUGCGUCGCGGAGGUUGGCGAAGGCUCGAACGCCGAGCGGGCGGGCGUGCGUCCGGGCGACGUGCUUCUCGCCGUCAACAACGUGGACCUCGCCUCGGCGUCGCUCGAGCGAGUUCUGGGCGCGAUAUCCGCCGUCCCCGGGAGGGCCGUCAACCUCCGCUUCCAGACUACUCCGCGUGAGUCGUGA